AUGGUAUUUUACAAUCUAAAAUAUGAAGAGACUUUUACUAAAGUAUUAUAUCCAUUAUUCAGCAAUGAAACAAAGCAAAUGGUAUGCACUACUCUUGAAGAUAGACCAAUUUUGUAUGUGACGGAGCAGACAAAAGAAAUCAAAGAUAAAGAAAUUCCAAUUAAAAAAGAAAUUGCAGAAGUACGGAAAAGUAAUAAAAAACUACUUCUGCCACUCCGUGAAGCAGAAACAACUGCAGCUGAUCGCAUUCGCCGAAUGAAUCAUUAUGAAAAAGAAAAGUUGUCAUUAAAGAACACCAGUAUAUGUCUGGCAAAAUAUUCAGAAGAAAAGACCAGUCUUCUGCGACAGCACAACACGCUUGAGAAUGAGUUUGAGAAGGAAGAAGUCUUUGAGCUUCGAAAUAAUUUCAUUGCAACUCUGAGUGAAUUUCAGAGACGAAAGGAAUUAAAAAAUGGAGUCUUGGAAAAGAAGAUACAAAAUAUUAGAGAGAAAUUAGAAGAAACAGAGACUGACAUCAAAGAUAUGCUAGUUACAAGUAAACUGGACCCAGCUACUAUGGCAGCUGUUACUGUGAAACUAGAAUUUACACUGGAUAUUAAAAACAAGACAAUUGCACGGCUGCAGUAUAAAUUAUGUAAGGCUAGUAAAGCCCAUGAUGAUUUAUUGGAACUAUAUGAAAGAAAACUCCAACAGCUAGGAAUUCCAAAGGAGGAACUGGGCCUCGUUCCACUGAGAACAAAUGUUAUGAGCCAUGCACCAGCUGGCCUAGUGACACGUAACCGUUAA